CACCAGUUGUGGUGAGCGAUUCGUCCAACUUGUCAAGUCUCCUCCGCUGAAAGAACGUUCGGAGCUGUUUUGUGUUACUUUUCAUUGAUUUAGAAUAAACGACUAGCCUUUAGCCGACUGCAAGAGACUUCAGAAGACGCCGCGAGUAUCCGGUUGCCCACAGGUGUUUCAACUUAAAGGCGAACAAAUCGGAGAAAGAUGGAAAACUCAACAUGGAGGGAAAACAGAAAUUUGACACAAGAGAUGAACCGUUGGAAGCUACAUCAGACUCAAUCCGGUCAAGCAGUGAUCGUAUUCCUGUCUUUACAAGGUGUCCUUAUAAUAUGCGCGAACUCGCUGGUGUUUUUAUUGUUUGCGACCACAAAACAUUUACGAACAAAGACGAACUACUGUUUGGUAAGUCUGGCAGCCAGCGAUUUCUUAGCUGGGCUUGUUUCGCUCCCGUUGGUGCUCCUAUGCUCAAUCGUUUUUUCCAAUCCCAUCUGCACCAGCAUGGAUUUAUGCCAUCGAUUUCAGUCGUUCUCGACAAUUCUUCACCUGCUGGUAGCAACAUCGGAGCGCUACUUUAAGAUCAAAAGACCCUUUAAGUACAAUAUCCUGGUAACAAAGCGGCGAGUAGUGGCUCUAUUGAUGGCUGUGUGGAUUUUCUCUCUGAGCGCUUCCUUCGUUCAGCUCACAUGGAUCCUAAGUGACAACGAACAACUCACCCAAAAAUUCGACUUUGGUUACUCGGUAUUCAGUUUACUAUCGUUAGCGCUUCUGCCUUUUAUCAUCAUCGCCUGUAUAGAUGGCCAUAUUUUUUAUUACAUUCACAAGGAAAAGAAAUUUAGGCGUGCCUUAACACAAGGGACUUUAUUUGAGAAGCAAGACAGGGAAAAAAGGAGAAGAAACGAUAGAAAGGCACUGAUAAUAUACGCUGUCAUGACCAUUACAUUCGUGAUUGGAUGGUUCCCCUAUUUUAUCAUCUCUUUGCUGAACGACAUAAAACCUGAAUAUCCGAUACCAUUCGCCGCCGGGAUCAUCCUCUUGUCCUUAAAAUUUAGCACAGCACUAAUCAAUCCUCUGUUAUACACCUUCUUCAAAACUGACUUUCGAAAAGCCCUCCAAGACUUGUUAGAAAGAGGAAAUGGUUCCGACGGAAGUAACGCUGUAAUAACAACUUCAGUUUAAGGUACUCUCUCGAGCACAGAACAGAGCUGUUUAGACGUGGACGUUAAAAUUAAUAAUGAAAACUUUCUAUUGAAAAAGAAGAAAAAAAUCAAGGAGGCUCACUGAAUCUGAUGCAUUGAUCGCUGAUAAUCAUGAAAUGCCAAAUUUAGGACAAAACAGAAGCUGACGAAAUUUCAAUUACAGCAAAAUUACGCAAUAAA